AUGGCAGAUGCAGCUCCUCCGGUAACUUUCAAGAAGCGCGGUGUGAAGAAGGCCAAUUUCCGCAAGAAACCAGAAUCUCCUCCACCCGAUGCGGACUCCGACUCCAGUUUCACAUCCUCCGAUGACGAAGAAGGCCAUAGGAUCAAGAGACGCCGGAAGAACGCUGUAGUAUCUGCAUCCUCGGCAUCCAAUGUACGACGACCAACAGCCGCCGAGGAACCGGUUACGGCCGCCGCUGCGCUUCCGAUAACGACCUCCAAUGACGCCACCAAAUCCUCCAACUGGUACGACGAGGAGUUGAACGAGAAGAACCUCCUAGGUACAACACGGGCACGCGCAGAGCCAUCGGGAGCCGAAGCGCCGGACGGAACAUACAAGGGUGCCGCGAAUUAUCAAUCGUUCAUUCAGAAGAAUCCCAAUGCCCCUACGAAGACAUUCGGUCCGAUUAAGGCGCCCACCAAUGUGCGCACCGUGACGUUCAUGGAUUAUGCGCCUGACGUGUGUAAAGACUACAAACUCACCGGGUACUGUGGUUUCGGAGAUUCAUGCAAGUUCAGUCAUAUGCGUGAAGAUUACAAGCAAGGGUGGGAGUUGGAUCGGGAUUGGGACGUCAGCACAAAGGGCAAAAAACUGGACGGCAAGGUGGUGUCGCAGAGAGGGGGUAAGGCCGGCGAUGAUGAAGAUGACGAUGAAGAAGAACUCGAAAACAUCCCUUUUGCCUGCAUCAUCUGCAAGAAGCCGUACCAGAAUCCUAUCGUCACAAAAUGCGGACACUACUUUUGCGAGUCUUGCGCGCUGCAGCGGUAUCGAAAGAACCCAUCCUGUGCCGCUUGCGGAGCCGGCACCGGUGGAGUCUUCAACGUCGCCAAGAAGCUGAAUAGCCUUCUUGAGAAGAAAAGGGAGCGAGCGCGACAACGCAGGGAACAGGCCAUUGCCGAUGGCGAGGAAGUCAGCAGUGAAGAGGAUGAAGACGGAGAAGAGGAAAGUUCCUAA